ACCCACAACCACCACCCCAUCAUCACCUCAACAGGUCUUGCACUCCUCCCCCACAGUGAAAGAUGGCUUUCUCCACCAAGUUCUCCUACCAAAGGCUAAGAAAACUACACUCAGGUAUUGAAGAAGAUGAAGCAGAAGAAGGGGUGGUGGCGAGGAGGAGGAGGGGGAGGAGGAGCUGGCUGAGGCUCCACAGCGGCGCAAGGCGGUGGCGGAGGCCGAGGGUCCAAGUGGCAGGGCUGAGGAGGCUGUUAAGGAGGAAAGCCAAGGUGGUGGGGACUGCAGUGAAGAAGGUGCUGAAAAGAUUGAAGGAAGGGAGUCCUUACGUGGGGGAGUUGUUUGCAGGAAACUACAUGUUCAUGCAAGUGAGCCCUUCGCCAACUAUGGCCUCUUUGGAGAAGCCAUGCUUGGCUAGCCACCAGCACUAUGCCAUCAUCCCACCAUUCUCCAUCAGAUUCAGUAUUCCAAGGGUUGCUUCCUAGUUGUGAUGUCCUAUAUACUUCUUUGGGAUUUAGAAUCUUCUUCUCGUUGUUGUUCUUCUUGCGUGCUUGAAUCUUGCACAGAAGAAGUAGAGGAAGAGAGGGAGGACAAUAAUGUGCAAAAUGUGUGUUUCGCUCGUCUGUAGUACUAUUAUGAGGUUGUUACGUGGUUAAUUGUCUUUGCUUCACGGUCAUGGCACUUCCUUUCAAUGCAUUUUCCUUGU